AUGUCACACCAAGAACUUUCCGCUGCUCGCGUCUGCAAGCAAUUCAUGAUAGGCCAACCGUUGACGGCAAACGGCGGUGGAAACAUUUAUUAUCUAAAUCAAGGGAGAAACUUCACAGAGUUUUCAAUAAGAGAUGUUGAAACCUCGUCAGGGUACUGUCGACACAGCAAGCCUGAGUCCUCUUGCAACGCCGAAAAGUACGCUGAGGCUGAGGGCGCAAGAGAGCCAGUGCUAGGUGCUACACUGCUUGCAUGUGGAAGCCCUGGGGCUAAUGUACAAUGUUCCUUAUUGACAAGUAUAAUACUAGAGGCUAUGCAAAAAGACCGUUUCGGUAAUUACAAUACCAAUCGCUAUCAACAUGCACCCACGAAUGACCGCCAAGCGCCAGCUAUGCAAGACAAGACGCCUAUUUAUCCUAAAUGA